GACCACGAACACCAAUAUUACUAGGUCUGGCGUCGGACAUUCUUGCAAUGGAGCUUUUGGAAGAUCCAAACAUGAUGAUGCAAUGAGAGAACUCUAUGAAGCUUCAUUAAAUGGAUGUGUGAGUACCUUAGACACAUUAAUAAAAAAAGACCCUCCUAUUCUAAGCAGAGUUUCACUCUACCCCUUCACUGAAACCCCAUUACACAUAGCCUCCUUGCUUGGACAUUUAGAGUUUUGUCAGAUUCUUCUUCAGAAUAGUCCCAAUUUAGCCACUGAAUUGGACUCAAAAGGGCGUUGCUCUCUUCAUCUGGCUUCAGCUAAAGGGCACACUGAAAUCGUGAAAGCGCUUUUGAGGACAAAACCAGAAAUGAGUUUGGUGCGCGACAAAGAUGCGAUGCUUCCUUUCCAUUUUGCUGCAAUUAGAGGGCGCGUGGGAGCCAUCAAAGAGUUGAUCGAAGAGAAGCCAAACUCCAUUCAAGAGAUGAUAGAAAGUGAUGAUGGUUCUGUUCUGCACUUGUGCGUUCGCUAUAACCAUCUCCAGGCUCUGAAUUUGCUAGUGGAAUCACUGAGAGGUGAACAUCAAUUCUUAUCAGCCAAAUACAAAGAGGAUAGCACUAUUCUGCUUUCAGCAGUCAAACACAGACAAAUCAAGGUAGAAUCCCCCCAAAAGAAAUUCAGGUACUAUUUACCAAUUUUCUAUAAGAACAUAAUGGCAUGAUACUAUUUUCACAGUAUGAUCUUCGAGCAAAUAUAAAAUUCUAGCAAUAUGUUACCACGCGAAUUCUUAUUGUUUUUUGGUAUGGUAUAUUGACAUGGGACACCUACAUUCAUUACAUAAAUGUGGAUUAC